AGCGUUGUGGCUUCUGCGCUGCUAAUAUCCUGCUUUGGGGCAUUCUGGAUGCGCGCUCCGGCGCUGAUGAUGCAUGAAGCUUCGGUUGCGUGUUGAUGGUGCUGUGAGCAGCAGGAGGGCUUGCUGCAACGAGGAAGCUGUAUAAGAAGUGGAACGGCCUGCUUUCAGCCCACUGCCCCCACUGACUACUCUUGCUUCUUCUCGCGUACACUUCACACACCCAAGAAACACAGCUGAAAUCACUCACGAUGGCUCCAAAGAUCGCCAUUCUCUUCUACUCCAUGUACGGCCAUGUCACUAAGCUGGCUGAGGCUGAGGCCGAGGGCAUCAAGGCUGCUGGCGGCCAGGUCGACAUUUACCAAGUCGAGGAGACUCUCUCCGAGGAGGUCCUGAGCAAGAUGCACGCACCUGCAAAGGCCAGCUACCCAACCCUCACCGACCCAAAGCAGCUCGAGCAAUACGACGCUUUCCUCUUCGGUAUCCCAACCCGAUACGGUAACUUCCCAGCACAAUGGAAGGCUUUCUGGGACCGCACUGGAGGCCAAUGGCAGACUGGUGCUUUCUGGGGCAAGUACGCCGGUCUCUUCAUCUCCACUGGCACUCUCGGCGGAGGUCAAGAAUCCACCGCCAUCGCCGCCAUGAGCACCCUCGCCCACCACGGCUUCAUCUACGUUCCACUGGGCUACAAGACCACCUUCGCCCUCCUCGCCGACCUUUCCGAAGUCCGCGGUGGCUCCGCCUGGGGUGCCGGAACCUUCUCUGGCGCUGACGGCUCUCGCCAGCCUUCAGCCAAGGAGAUCGAGCUCGCUCAAGCUCACGGAAAGCAAUUCUACGAGGCCGUGGCUCGCGUCAACUUCGCGUGACUAGAUGGCGGUGCUGCGGGGAAGCAGGAGAAUAGCACAGCGGGUCAGAAUGGGACGACCACUGCUGCUGCAGGGAAUGGCAAUUUGAAGUCAGAAGGACAAGCAUCACAACAGCAAACACAAUCACAACAGAAGCAGACAGGUUCAUCUUCUGCGCCGCAAGAGAAGGAUGAUGACAGCAAGGGACCUUGUGGUCUUCCGUUCAAAUGCACUGUUGCUUAGAAAGAUAAAUUCAAAUGAUACCAGAAGAAUUGAUGACAAUGACAAGAAAUGAA